CCUAAACACUGAGUCUCGUGUCUGAUUCCCAAACCCGACCAACCUUUCUUUCUUCUCACCUCACCGCCCGAACCCAGCUCGCCCGGCCGGAAAGGAUUCCUAAUUUCACAAGAGAAUACAAUGAAAGUUUGACGCCAUCCAUCGAGCUGAUGGGAAGAAAACGUGUCUUCACAUCUGAGGUUUCCGACAUGUAGGCACCCGCCUUAAGGAGGAUAGACAGACGAGUAGAGAAGAAGAAAGAAAUCCGAAAAAAUCAAGCGAAGAACGAAGGAAGAACGGAAACGAGCCAAAACCUAUGCAGAGUGUGCAUUUCAGACUCAGCUGAACUUUGACCUGCUCACCUUGUGACCUCGUGACCUCUAUGCCACACCCCCUGUCACACGCUAACCUCUUCAAUAAUGUUAUAGUGGCCUAGUCAUCCCCCCACUCUCUUGUGGAUACGGAGAAACGAUCCCUGCCGCAGCCAUGAGCAAGGAUGAGAAGAAAUCGUCCCCUAGCCCAAACAACCAUGGGUUACCCUUUGACCCGGCACACUUGUUGGGUGUGCACUCCCUGGCAGCGUCUGCCUUCCUUCUAUGGCCUUCCAACCCAUCCCAGUGAACUGGGCUCCCCACCCCCUCCGGCCUCCUCGCCCUCCUCGUCGUCAGCAGCAGCAAGUAAAGGAGGGAAGACAUCCUCAUCAAGAUCAUCCCACUCAUCAGCCACAGCGACAUCAGCUUCAUCAUUACCAUCAUCGUCCUCAGCACACAGGCAGUCAUUAUCAAAGUCUUCAUUAUCCUCAUCUCCUUCCCCCCUCGCUGCAGCAAGCAUACCUCCUUACUUCCCCGGAUGGGCCAUGAAUGGAGCGGCUUAUCCGUUCCACCCCCCAGCCGCCCCAAGUGCAGAAACUGCCAAGCUGUCUUCAUCUUCUAGAAGGUCUCGGAAGUCGUCGAGUAACGCUGAGAAACGAAGCAGUAGCAGUGGUGGUGGUAGCAGCAGCAACAGCAACAAUAUACCCCAUGCUCACCAACGGUCGUCAUCGUUAUCAUCACCAUCAACGUCUUCAUACUCUGCGGCGGCUUCGUUGUCCAUACCCACUGCUCAUUUGUCCUCAUCCUCAUCUGCCUCUUCGGAUGGCAGGAAAAAAUCAGGGGAGAAGCCAUCGGCCUCAUCAUCGUCAUCAUCCUCAGCCGUCCCGGAAGUGCCCGGCUUCCCUUUUGACCCCAGUGCAAUGAUCACCCCGUACCACAUGUCGCCAGAGUUGGCCUACCUGUCUCAGUCUCUGUUCCUACACCGGCCCGACCUGGCCAUCCCCUCGCCAUUCCUGGCCGCGUCUGCUGCAGCUGCGGCUGCGGCUGCGGCUUCUUCUGCUUCCCCGUCGGCAGUUGUGGCCUCUAGUCUGGGACUUGAACCGGGGCAGCUGCUCUCCCCAGCGUCUUCGUCCUCAUCUCCGUCUCUGUCGUCCAAGCCGCCACUGCAAACGUCGUCUAAGUCGAAAUCAUCGUCGUCGUCAGCCCAAUCAUCCUCUCGUGCAGCCACAUCAAACAGUUUCAAGGGAGAUAAGAAGUCAAAAGAUAAGGCCGGGAGUUCAGGCUCAAGCAAGCUGAAAGAGUUGGGGGCGUCCUCCAAGGGUUCUGAGACGGACAAUCAUUCUGAUUUGUUUCCUCAUGUGUUGGACUUGGUCACGCACUCGGACCCCGAUAGACUCUCGAACGAUCCGUCCCAUUUCAUGGAUGAUGGAAGGAAAAAGAGAAUUGCAGAGAGCAUCCGUCGACGUGUGGGAAUGCAAGAGAGCAUGGCUGCACUACUUUCCAAGCACGGAUUUAAGCACACUGAUUGGAUGGACUCAAGUUUAGAUGAUGGAAGCCUGGGAGAAGGAAAGUCUGGGAGAGAAGAGAGAUCGUCAGAGCAGCAUGGUGCCAAGAGGUCUCAGGAUAGCGGAAAUGUUCCAUUAGAUCUAAAAUCCAGGGAAUCUGAGAAAAUUUCUGAAAAAGAUCGUCUUGAGGCUGAACUCUUGAAACAGGAAGAACAGUUGUCAAAACUGAAGAAGAGAUAUUCUUUAGGGGAAGAGAGCAUGUCUAGCUUGGUGGACGAGUCAUAUGACUCUUCCAAGUCUCAGGCCCCGUCAGAGACGGAGGAUUCCAGAAUUGGCAACAGCUCUGCAAGCGAGAACAUGGAUCACGACAGCCAAUCAGGUUCGGAGUCCGGGCGCUCGUCCCCGGAGAGUGGCAAGAGAGGAGCGGAGGGCAGCACAGACGAAGGUUCCCCCAACAAGAAGCGCUGUGUCCAGAUGGACGAGAGAGAACUGACCAUUCCCCUGGAGCACGGCUGGAACAGGCAAACCAUUAUUAACGGCAUGGGGCGCAGAGGCAUUGUGGGAGAAGUGCUUUACUUUGCACCAUGCGGCAAGAAGAUGAAGACCAUCCCUGAUGUCAUGAGGUACCUCGAACGCCAUCCCAACUCUGAUUUGGGGAGGGAGAACUUCUCUUUCAACACCAAAGUCAAUGUUGGUCAUUUCUACGAAGUGCGGCAAGGACAAGGGUCCACACCUGUGCCUCUGACCGACACCGAAGUGAUCGAGAGGAUUGAGAUGUCGCGCGGUAAAAGGGCUCGUAUGCAGCUACUGGCGCGGAAGAAGCGGGAGAAGGCCGCCAGAGAACAGGCGCUGGCACGGCAGAUUAUGGAGAACAAGCUGAAACGUCGCAUGGAGCUCCAGGAAAUGUCGCGUCGGGCAGCGGAGAUCCGAUUUGAGAAACGAUUGGAGCGACAGCAGCUGAAAGAGAUGGAAAAGAAAGAAAGAGAAGCAAAAGUGUUGGAGAAGAGGAAGGAGAAGGAGCAUCACAAGAUCAUGAAACAACAGGAGAAGAUGCGCAUACAGGAGCAGAUUAGGAGGGAAAGGGAGAUGAGAGCUCAACAGAUUAUAGAGGCUAGAAAUCGUCGUCAGCAAGAACUGGAAGAGUUGAGGAUUCAGGAUGCCCUGAAAAGAAACAAGGAAAGGGAGAUGAAAAGACAGCAACUGAUAAUGAUGAAGGAACAGGAGCGAGAGAGACGUCGACAACACUUGUUGCUUGUGAAGGCACUGGAGCAAAGGAAAAAACAAGAAGAGAAACAGAACAAGGAGAGACUGAGGGAAGAAAAACUGAAUGAAAAGAUUCGUCAGAAAGAAAUGAGAAUGCAACAACGACGUGUGGAAAUGGAAGUCGCCAUGGAACUGAAGAAGCCUGUGGAUGACAUGGAGCUUAAAGUAGCCAAGCCUCUACCAAAAUAUCCACGCAUGAAGACGCGACUUCCAGGCCGACCCAUCGCCGACUGUCUCAUGGUGGUGGAGUUUCUCAACAACUUUGGGCUGGCUCUCAACCUUGACAAGUCGUCCAUCCCAACCAUGGAGUCCCUGGAGCGAGGUCUGAUGAACGACUCAGAGGACGACGUGGAGGAGUUUAUGUCUCUGGUCAUGCAUCUGCUCCGUUUUGCUCUGGACGAUGUUGGGGUGCCCAACCCUAAGGAGGGAAAUCGACAAACACAUGGAUGCCAUCAACAACCUGAGACGAGACAAGUGGAUUGUUGAGGGCCAGCUACGACAGUUGAGAGUUUUCCAAGCCCGAAAAUUCAACAAGAUUCACAAGUCCACAGACCGCCGCAACACUAACACCUCCCAAAAUAACAGCAACAUCAGCAACAUAGAUGAGGAUACCAUGUCUUCGUCCAAGAUGGGUAGUGAUGAUGAUGAAGAGAAAGAGGAUGAGGAGGACAAGGAGGAGGAGGAGGGAAGUGGCAAUGAGAGCGAGGGAAGCUCCAGUGUAGUGGCAAGCACCUCCACCAACCCUAACAUGCCUUUUGAGCCUGUGGAUGAGUCGAUGUCGAGAGAAGAAUCGGAUAAGAGGAUUGAGAAACUGAGGAAGCAACAUGCUGCCUACCGACAGAAAGUUUUCCGAGCAUCUCUCCGCCUGCGAGCCAUCAAUAUCGGCCAUGAUCGCUACAAGAGGAUGUACUGGGUCCUUCCGUUGACAGGCGGGGUGUACGUGGAGGGGAUGGAGUCUGGCUGUCCGGAGGAUUACAUUAAGGAGAAUACUGUGAAGGAGAAGAAAGAAGAAGUGAAAGAAGAAAUAAAAGAAGAGAUUCAGGAGGUUGAACCUGCUACAGAAGAGGAUGGAAAGGAUGAGAAAGGAGGUGAGGGGAGAGGAGAGAAGGAUGGGGAGAACGUGGUGAAGAAAGAAAAUGAGGUGAAAACGGAAUUAGAUUUUGAUGGUGAGGAGAAAAAGGAAGAAAUGCAAGAUGGCACUGAUGGUGGUGGGAAAGGAAUGGAACUGAAGGAGGAAGAAACGAGUGUUGGAGAGAAAAGGAAGAAGGAAAGUAAAGUGAGUGCAUCGUCAGAGCCAGAUCAAGGUGUGGGUCAGGGUAAAGAGACUAAGAACGAAAAAGUUAUUUCUAGUGGAGGAGAGACGAAUCUGAACGGUGAGCUUGUUGUGAAAGAGAAGAAUGAGGGUGGAUCUGAUGUGAAAACAGCUAACGGUGAUGGGGUUGUGAAGGGUUCUGAUGGUCUUCCAAAUGGAAAACCAGAAGAAGUGCUUGCUACAAGCUUGAUGAGUGUGUCGUCUUUGGGUGAUGCCGAUGUGUCCAAAAAUAGCACAUGGACAGAAGGUUCAUCAACUGGUCAGCUCUCGAUGGAUUGUGCUGAGUCGUCUGUCCUUGAUUCUGACAUCAGAGAUUCAUCCUAUGCCAACAGUGAUGCUGGAGGUGCAGACGAUGAAGAGGAUGAUGAUGGAGACAUGGUUAUUGAUGAGUCAUUUGGGUCUGAUGGUCAGGAGAAGGACAUACCAGCAGGUGAGAAGAAAAACAGAGAUGGUCUGAACUCUGCCUCUGCUGAAAGUAACAAAACCUCUGGCAACAACUCAGUUGAGGGCAAAGGAGAGGUCAGAGAGUGCUCAAAAGUUAACACGAGCUCAGGGGUAGCAGUAAGUUCAAAGGACAACGUAGCUUCAGAAGUUAGUGAAACUUCAGAGGUUUUGUCUUUAGUUAACAAUGCUGAUAGUUCUUGUUCAGAAAAAGAGAAAAGUGCUUCUAGCAAUGCAACAACAGCUUCUGUUGCAGCUUCAGGAACGGCUGAGAACAGUGGUGGUAAGAGUCAAACGUCUUUGUUCAGUAAUGGCUCUCGUCAUGAUGCUGCUGUUCUCAAUGGAGCGGGCUCCUCACCGUCUGCUCCCUCUUCAUUUCUGGCCUCUGUCUUACUCAACGGUCAGUUAGCCAGGGAGCUUUCUCACUUGAAAAAAUCAGACACUUCGUCCAGUGCAACCAAAAUAACAGAUGUGAAAUUUUCCUCUGUGGACGAGAAGCCAGGAACUGAUGUCGCAAGCGUUCCAGGAAAGUUUGGAGACAGUGCUUUUAGGCCUUUGAGUGUAGAGGUUAGUGAAAAAAUGCAGAUUGAUGUGAAUGGAGAAAGGAUUUCUCAGGGAAAUAAAAAGUUGGAGAAUUGUGCGGAAGAGAUCUCUAGUCAAAAGGAGCUGACAAAUAGCUCUGUCAAUGGUUGUGAAAAAUCAUCCAGCAUUCAUUCUUCUAGUGACACGAGUAACAAGAAACUGAUGUUGGAAAAUGGUGAGCAUUUAAAAGACAAAGAUUUGAAAGUGUUGUGUUCUGCCGAUGGUGUUGUUGGAAAUGUUGAAGGUAGCGGGAAGUCGAGUGUGGUUGGGAAUAAACUGAACCAGGGUAGUGAAUGUUCUGGCAGUAAGGAAGCUGGGAGUUCUCGGGGAGUGACCUCAGAUAUUCUUCGAGUGCCGAAAGUAGGUCACAGUCCCAGAGACUCAUUAGUGUCUUUGCUGAACCAUUCUAUUCAGCAGGCUUAUCAAAUAGAGGGAAAAGAUGAGGAUGAGGAUGCCUUGAUGAAAGAUGAAAGCAGCAUAAACGAACUGCCACUAUCGUCAUCGUCGUCGUUUUUAUCAUCUGCUUCACAGCCUGUGUCCUCUGCCUCGUUAGCUUCGUCCAUUUUGUCUUCGACCUUAUUGUUUUCGGCGAUACCAAAAUUACCUCCCUUGACAGACUCUCCAAGGAAGAGCCAGUCAUCAGCAAAAAGCCAAUAUUCGGCGUCUGCUAAACUGUCUCCAAUACUCUCGACACCAACAGCAUCGAGCACCCCCAACGCACCAUUGGACUUUACUCCCAAGUCCCGGGCAAAGAAACAUGGCGCCUCAGGGCUGGACCUGCCUACUCCACUCCUGGGCUCAACCCCCAUCCCAGCGCACUCCAAGCCGAUCAAUCCACAACCUCUACCACCCUUCCACCCUUCAGCUCAGGCCAACCAGACAGUAGACCAAACCCCACCAGCAGCCCAUUCUACCCACAAAGCCCACCGACCCCCACCAUCGGCCCACCACCCCUUACAUCUGAUGGGUAGCGGCCCCUCGUCAUCCUCCCACUUGGCAACCCACCACCCCCAGCCCCCGUACAUCCCCGGCUUGCCCCAUAUACCAUACGGUCCAACAAGUGCCUCGGAGACUUUGUCCAGUCUUGCCUCUAUCGUGCCCCCACCUCCCGCCCACCACCACCCUCCCAUCACCACGGUCGCGUCCUCAAAUGCGUCUACAAUCCUCAGCUCACAGUCCCUCCCUCCAAAAUCCACUCCUACCCUCCUGUCAUCCUCAACAAACCCCUCAUCAUCAACAACUCUUCUUAAACCACCCACAAUGACCAACCUUCUCAAAUCGGAGACGUCCUCAUACUCUUCAUCAGAACUUCUUCAGCAAGCCGCAUCACAAGUGUUACGUUCUGCGGAACACAAGAAGUCUUCGUCUUCAUCCACCCCCUCCAACUCAACGCCCACAACACCUCAGAAACCAUCGACAGCCUCAUCUUUAUCACCAUCUCCAGCAAAAUCUGCAUCAACAGAGACAGAUUUCCCAACGUUAUCUAUGGUACAGAGUUCGCUGUCUUUUGGUGCAUCCUCCCCAUUUCUGUCUGACCAGUUGGCGAAAGGUGCCCAGGACUCAGGAGACCACAAGCUUUGGUUCAGCAUACUGCCAAAAGUACCUUGUGACGAAAAAUCCCUGACUCAGCCAAUCAAACGAGAGCCGUCCCUCAUGCCUUUGUCUUCAUCAACAUACCAGUCGCUGUCACCAUCUUCGUCGCAGUUAUCAUCAUCCAUAGGAAGUACAGCUGCUGUGUCAUCACUCGCUGGCUCCUCCUCAUCAACAUCGUCGUCUAUAUCAGCUCUGAGCACGUACUUGUGCACAGGCACAGCGCCCAGCCUGGAGAGCCUUCUCCCGAUCCUGCAAUCGAACCCUUCAAUCCUGGCCAACGACCCUCUCCUGGCUUCUCUCCAGCUGCUGACACAACCAACCUCCUCACCCUCCCCCACCCCGUCAGUUUCUUCGGGGGUGGACGCUUCAGGAGACUUCAAAGUCCCGCCCCCUCCAGUGGACCCGUCCCUUCAGACCGACCCGUGGGAUGUCCUGAGAGCUGCUCAGGGUGAGGCUGAGCCCAUACCCAAAGACAAACAGCACGGCUGGUGGCGUAUUUACGACAUCGGUAUGCUGAGGUCGGUCAUGCCACUGACCCUGAGCCGAGGCAUCAGGGAGAAGAACCUCCAGAGGGGAAUCCACCGGUACCAGGAGUACGCUCGGCUGCACUGUACUUACGACUCUGAGAAGGGAGAGACCGACCCCAAUGCAGAAGAGAAUGACCCUCCGGUGGCGACCAAAGAGGAAGAAGAGGAGACAAAGCAGACGGGGGCAGUUGAGGGCAGCAAGCAGUCCUCGCAGAGAAGGACCUCCUCCUGUCGUAAAGGAGAUGGGGACAAACAGACAGACCCCGGCUCAUCUAAGACCAAAGUCAGCAGCGACGACACAAAUACAGACACGGCAGGUUCAGGGAGUGACGGGACAAAGGUCAAGGCUGGAAAUAAUAGCGCCUCAAAAGGUGGGGCGGAAACGAGUAAAGAGGAGGAGGAGAGGUUAGGAGACAAGGAUGAAAAUACAGAUGAGACCAAGCCAAACUGUGAUAUGGACGUGAGAUGUAAAGAGGAGGAGGCGGAGCAGGAGGAGGAGGAGGAGGAGGAGAGUUCUAUGGAGGAGGUUUGCGACUAUGUGACCCCCGACGCGCCAGAUGAUUGGUCGGUGAAAAUGAUGCAGGAGAUUGAGACGGCUGCGCUGGAUGAGGUGGAGGCGUUGGAGGAGAGGAUAUUUCACGCCAGUCUCCAGGCCAAGCAAGGUUGGAAGCCGUGCAGAGAUGAUGCUAUCAAGGUGGUGGAUCGGUCGGUCAAGGAACUGGCCGAUGAUGAAAGUUAUCCUCUGGACAUGGCCAUUUCUCGACUGCUGGAACUGGAAGCAAAUAUUGAGCGUCGCUACAUGAAACCACCCUUGAUGAGAAGCUCCCCACUGAAUAUCUCCAGCCUGGCAUCGUCAUCAUCAUCAUCAUCUCAGGGAGACCGCUCUGGCGGGGACGCGGACCAGGAAGAGGACGUGCCGCCGGGGCUGUUGCUAUGGCGACAAGCUGUGGUGGGGGCGGAGAGCCCGGCGCAGCUCAGUCUGUGCACGCAGCUCCUGGCCAAGUCCAUCUCGUGGGAAAAGAGCAUCAUGAGAGUGACUUGUCAGAUUUGUCGGAAGGAUGACAACGAGGCAGAGCUGUUGCUAUGUGACGGAUGCGACAAGGGUUUUCACACAUACUGUUUUAAGCCGAAAAUGGAAAAUAUUCCUGAAGGAGACUGGUUCUGCUAUGAGUGUGUGUCCAAAGCCAGCGGUGUACCUCACUGCGGCAUCUGCGGCAACAAGGGAGGUAAGAUGGUGUCCUGCCAGAAGUGCCCUCGCUGCAUCCAUCUGGAGUGCCUGGACCCUCCUCUCCCUCGCACGCCGAAGAGGUGGCAGUGUCUCAACUGUCUAGCGGAGAAGUCCAACUCAAAACGUUCUAAGAAGCGGAAGGAGAGCCUCCCAACCGUCCAGCGUAUCACCAUCACCAAACUGGUGGUCAAGGAAGAGCCCCAGGACUUUGAUGACUACCCAUUGUCCAGCUUCUCCUCGGGGUUGGCAGACGCCACUACGUCCUCCUCUAGAGCAGCCAGCCCAGCUGUUGCCUCCUUGCCUUCAGGUAAAGCUGUUGCCAAUGGUAACAAAAUGGAGGCGACUGGUGCUGAGGACUCCGGUGCUGACAAGAAGAGGAGGAAGAGGAAAGGGAAGAACGAAGAGGCGGCACCGAGUAGAUCGGCCUCCCCAGCCGCAUCCACGGCAGCCACUUGUGCAGCAUCAACAUCAACGGCAGCAGCGACACCCUCGGGGUCAGUCGAUGUUUCGGCAGGGGAGGAAGUGUCGCCUCCCCCAAAGAAGAAGGAGAAGAAAGAAAAAGUGGCCAAGGAUAAGAAAGAGAGAAAGCCGAGAGGGGAGAAGAAGGGAGAGAAAGCAGAGGAGAGUGAAAAGAGUGCAGCAGUUAUGGACGAGAAGACAAAAGAAAAAGAGAGGCUCAAGGAUUUCACAAGUUGUGGGAAACUGCUGACUGAGCUGGAGAAACACGAGGACGGGUGGCCGUUCCUGAAACCCGUGAACAAAAAGCAGUUCCCGUCGUACCGGAAGUAUAUCAAGACUCCCAUGGACUUCUGCACGGCCAAGGGAAAGCUCAAGAACAAGGAGUACCAGCACCGACAGGAUUUCGCAGCUGACAUCCGCCUGAUUUUCAACAACUGUGAGACUUUCAAUGAGGAUGAGUCAGAAGUUGGCCAGGCUGGUUUCACCAUGCGGCAAUUUUUCGAGAAAAGGUGGUUGGAAAUAUUUCCCGAUGAUGCCAGCUAGGGAGGGCUGUGGUGAUGUCAGUAAACCUUUGGACUCAAAGGGUGUGGGAUAUUUCCAGAUGAAGUUCGAUUUUUUCAAUCUUCACCUGAUUCUGUAACUCUGGAAAGAGCUGUUCAGUUAUUGCGUUGACACGUUGUGAAAUGGUCGGAAUAGGCUGAACGGUUCUGCUGAAAAGAAGUGCAAAGACUGUCCAAGGUCACAUUUAUGAGAUAUUUACAGAAACAUAAGUCACUUUGAUCUUACUUGUUUCUUUUUUUUUUUCUCUCUCUCCGUCUCUGUGAUUCAAGCUUAUCAAGAAAAAAACAAAACAACAAAAAAACAACAAAAAACCCAACUGAUGGCUCUGGACACAGGUCAUGAUUUACAUAGUGCAGGGACGUGAACAAGCCUUCUCUGGUCAAUAUCAUUGUCACAAACCAUCUCAUGUGUAAAUGUUGACAGUUUUUGUUAUCUCACAAUCAUAAACCAAUUCACAUGCUUUGUAUUUAUUAUUGGAGGGGUUGUACCUCGGGAGAGAAGAUUUCUAUCAUCUCAUUCAUGAUCAGAGCAUCCUCGAUGUUUGCAUUCAGCUUCAAAGAUUCCAUUAUUGUAUAUUGAACUUGUUAUGAUAACUUUUCCUCCAUGUUUUUUGGUACAAUAUCUGCUUUUAGUGAUGAUUUUAUUGUUUGCUGCCCGGAAAUACUAAAUAUCUCUGUGGUUACUGCCAACAACUUUGAUGAAGCGUUUUCACAGGUUGUUGAAAAGUUACCUCGGCUCAUAUUUCUGGCUGGCAAUUUUUUUCCAUUGGUACAAGUGCAAUCUCAUUUGCUUUAUAUUUGCUGCUUUAAUUAAACAUUUUUGCAGGUUGUCUUUAUUUUGGCUUUUUUGUGUGUGUUAUUUCUAUUUAUUAUCGAAGCAGUUCUCUGUUAAGAGCAUGAGAUUUCAUGUGGUCUGUAUGGUACCUCUUCCAGUUGCCUUUGGUUUGUCUGUGGUAUCGUGAGGUCCCUUUUCUGAGGGUGAGGAGGUCUGGGUAGUCAGCAGAGAUUUUUGUGUUUUUGUCUUCUGACCAAAUGGUUGACACUGUGGAAGAAAUCCCUCGUCAGUGUCCAUCCCGCAGAGGAUCUCCUUCUGUGUGUUUGUGCAGUUCACUUUGGUUUGUGAUUGUAUGCAUAGUGUUAACUAUACUAUUUCUGUUUUCGAUUCAUCUAUUUCUUAAAAUAAUUUCUUAUGAUGUGUUUAGGUCACAAAACUGUACAUUGACUAGUAAAACGAGGAAGAAGAUAUUUUGUUGUUGGAUAAUGCAAUGUUACCUGGAUUGGGGAUGUGUGUUCAUUUGUCCACUCCUUGAGAUUUCCGUAUAAUUUUUAUAUGGCUUUGCUCUGUAGCGUGUGUUUUGUAUUUAGAGAAUGUUCUGAAGAAUUUGGACUCUUGUUUUGCCAUAUCUGUUGUUAUUCUUGUCUUACAUGAGAGGAACUUGUGAAAAAGCUUUGCUUGUCUUUAGAGCUGUUUUGUGAAAUACUCAGCACAGAUGAUGUCACAGAAGCUCCUGCUAUUCUGACAGUAGCGCACUUGCCCCACACAGGGAAGGUACAUACUACGUGUUUUUAUACCGUACACAUUUUUCACGAAAUUUGGGUUAUUUUAUUUGAAUCGACUUAACGGUCAUGGGCAUCUUUCUCUCGCUGGAAAGAUAGAAGGCAGAAGUAACUGAGGUGGACCGCUGAUUUUUUUCUUGACUUCUACUUCUAUGACUUGAUGAACAGAUGAAUGACAGGGGGGAAAAACCAGAAUAAUGAAGGUUUUUUAAAGUUGAGCAUUCUUCGUAGCAGAGAAAUGAGGGAUGAACUAUGAUUGUCAAUGUCUGAUUUUUUAAAAAGAAGAAGAAGAAAAAAAAAGACUUAUUUUUUUCCUGCUUGUCCUUGUAAUGAGUGACCAAGUUCUUCGCCCUAAGGCUGACCCAUGUUGCUUCAUGUUUGAUUUUUCUCCUUAAGUAAGUGUUUUUUGCCCUUCGUGACUGCUUUAGGUCAUAUGAACGCAUGGGGUUUGAUGUUUAACCCUAUAUAUACGCCCUGGGGUCAUUUUGUACCCGGCGGUUGUAUUUUUCACAUUUUAGAAUACUUCUAGUAUGAAGAUCUCUUUGAUACUUUCAGUAUUUCUCAAAAAAUCAUUUUGACAGAUUGCUAUGCUCUUUGAAAGUGGUGGCACAGACCCCAUGUCGUAUUGAUUCGAGAAUAAAACACGAUGUACAGAUCAGGUUAACAAUAGUAAGAACAUAUUUUGUCCUCAGGUCAGCUACAGACUUUGUAACGAACUUAUAACGAACUACUUUGGCAUAAAAAAUGGAACUUU